AUGGUAAAAAUGGAUUCGUUUCCAAAAAGUAAAAAAUACCUCGCCACGAGCACCCACUCAGACACUUCUUUAGAAAUGACACCAGUGAGCAAUGGCGAGUUGCUGUCAUCCCAGGCAGAAACAGACGAAUCCGUGAUAAUCACGGUGAUUGAAAAUGAAUACGUUGAUGUCGGGAUGUCUCGUCGAUCGUUGACAAUAAUUAACGUACAUAGUCCAGGUACCAGCAAUCAGUAUGAACAAUUCUUCACUUUUGGCUGGUUUGAUAUAAUUGUGUGCAUCUGUUCAAUCAUUUUAUUUUUUGUUGAUGUUGGAACGGAUGUUAAUCUUGCUGUAACGUAUUUCAAAAACAACAAGUGGCUGUGGGGAGCAGAAACGACAGUGAUUGUUGUGGUGCCAUCUAUUAUUGUAUCUUUUCUUGGACUUCAUUGGUACAUCAUUGAUUACCGCAAGGAAAAACAGAAGAAAAGACAGACGAGCAAUCAAUGUGUUUGGUUUCUGAGAAUAGUGUUUACACUGCUUCAGUGUGGACCAGUUUUAAGAACAGCAGAAUAUCUGUACACUGGUUGCAGAACUCGAUGUGAGGAUUUAAGCGCAGAUGAUGGUGACCUUUAUUAUGCCAGCAUGCUUCGCCAGAAUGUGGACAUCUGCCUGUUGCACCUGUUUGAGAGCUUCUUUGAAGCUGCCCCCCAGCUGGCUAUACAAAUCUAUAUUAUGAUUGAGUUGAAGCCGGACAAUGGCUUUCUGCAUUCGUCAUUAAUUGUACUGUCCUUACUGACAUCCUGGAGCAGCCUGGCCAUCUCCCUGACAUCCUACAACAAGUCAUUAAGGAUCAACAACCUGCAGAAAGCAAAAAUGUCGCUGACCAGCAUUCCAUUUUACUUCAUCUGGAGAGCCAGCGAGGUCGGAGGGCGGAUACUGUGCAUUGCCAUGUUUGCUUCUGUUUUCAAACAGUGGGUAUUUCUAGUGCUAGGCCUGCACUGGAUGAUCAUGUUCAUAUGGCUAAUUGGACAGAAGACCACCUUCUACGGGACCAGAUGUUUAGAGGUAGCCUUUAACUUACUCUGCGGAUAUGUUAUGAUAUUCUGUUUCUUAAAUCUCCGAGAGGGCCACACCCGGUUUCGUUUCGCCAUCUUUUAUUGUAUUAUGUAUACAGAAAAUUUGAUCAUGUUGGCAUUUUGGUUUCGAUUCACUCGUGAUCUCGGAGCCUGGUUUCACAUGUGGGUGUUUGCUGCUGUUUUUGUGCUGUUUGCUAUUCAUAUGACAUUUCAGCUGUUGUAUUACAUGGUUUUCCACCCCACUAAGAACAUUCAGCUGUGUCUCCCAUGCGAUCGGUUUUUAAUCUAUAGCAGCAUGUGCACUGAUGUGUCACCGCAGUUAGGGAGGAGCGGUAAAAUCUUGUACAAUUACAGGACCGAUGUGGAGGAGACAGCAAGUCAGCCAGCUGUGGGUACAACCGUAUAA